AUGGGUGCCAACACCAGGUCGAUCUCGAUCUUGGGAUCAGUGACGGUUGUUCUAAGUCUGGCUGUCGACGCCGUAGCAUUUCAGUUUUUCAAUUCCACUCCAUCCGGCAUCCCUUCAACUUGCGGCGAUAUCCUGCUAUACAUUGUGAACAAAACCCUCGAAGUAAUUUGCGUGCCAGACUGCAAAGACUUGUUCUAUGAGUAUCGCUCAACCGUGGAAAAUGUCUGUGGAACCACAGUGUAUGAUUUCCCGGGCGUCAACCAAAAUGUCCAAAGCUUCUUGGACCCUCUGGCAUGGGCUUUCAAUGUUCCUUGCCUGACUAGCGGCGAUGAAUACUGCUAUUUGGGCAUCACCAACCGCAAGAACAGCAUUGAGCCUUGCUCUGACUGUUUUCUACAGUAUGAGGCUGCUAUGCUAGGCUCUGUGUAUGGCAGACAGCACGCUCAAGCUACCCUUACUCGACACCAACGAGCACCAGUGGUUCAACAAACUCAUCUGCUACUAGUUCGCCUAUUGCAACUUGCACCCGGUCCGCUUACACUGUCCAGGAGAGCGAUAGCUGUGACUCCAUUUUGGAGGCACAUGAAAUUGCUACGGAUAUUUGCAUUCGGUUAG